AGGAGAGCACGGAGAUCGUAGAUACGCAUCCUUGUUGAAGUCGAGGAGAACUUCUCUUCGGAGGAAACGGGCGUUUGUGAGGGAGCUUCAGGACGUUUGGAGAUGCUUUUGAGGGUCUCAGCCGGUGAUAUCGCUCUUUCCGUGGUCAGAACAAAACUGAGAGACCAUUUCAAUGACCCAAUGUGCUCGUUUUGAGAAGCAAAGGAGACGUUUCUAUAGGAUUCUCAACACGGAGACGUGAUGUCUGCCAGCGCGCGUGCCCUGCUCUUAGUAUUGCUGAGUGUGCUUCAGGCAAAUGGCCAGACGGAGAUGAAGAGGGUGGUCGGAGACAACGCCACGCUGCCGUGCCACCAUCAGCUGUGGCAAUCCGACAUCUCCCUGCUGGACAUUGAAUGGAUGCUGCAUAAAUCCAGCUCACAGCAGAAAGUGGUCAUCACAUACUCUGUGGGCACGAUCUACAAACCCAACGAGAGUGAAUCUGGGCGGUUUUCUCUGGCGGGAGACUAUCUGAAAGGUGACGCUUCGCUCUUGAUCAGCGACCUCUCGCUCACCGACUCUGGAGAAUACAUCUGCAAGGUCAAGAACGGCGGGAAGUACUACUGGAACACAGUCAAACUCAUCGUGCUCCUGAAGCCGUCCAAGCCACGCUGUUGGCUGGAGGGUCGUCUGCUGGAAGGAAGUGAUGUCAGACUGAGCUGCAAGUCCACAGAUGGUUCUGACCCAAUCAGCUACAAGUGGGAAAGAGUCUUAGACAAAGGAAAAUACGCUGGCAAGCUGCCACCUCUGGCCCUCAUAGAUCUGAAAAACCCUGAGAUUGUGACACUGAAAAAUCUGACGAGGGAAAGCGCGGGUGUUUAUAAAUGCACUGCCAGCAAUGAUGUCGGAGAAGAAAACUGCACUUUAGAGGUCAAAGUUCACUAUGUCCGGGGGAUGGGCGUGGUGGCUGGAGCUGUGGUGGGCGUGUCCUUUGGCGUUCUCCUCAUUAUCCUCAUCGUCUGGCUUGUUUUCCGCAAGAAAGAGAAGAAGAAAUAUGAGGAGGAGGAAGCACCCAAUGAAAUAAGGGAAGAUGCAGAGGCUCCCAAAGCCAAACUGGUGAAGCCGAACUCUCUCUCCUCUUCCCGAUCUGGUAGUUCUCGCUCCGGGGCUUCCUCCACACAGUCUAUGGUGCACAACAGUGUCCCCCGUGGGCCCAGGCCUCGGCUGCCUGUCGUGGCUGCCCUUAAAGAAAGUGGGCAGCCCGAAAACUUCCCUCCGGUACCACCACCACCAUACAACCAUGUGGUCCCCAAACCUCUGGAGCCUGGCAGUAGCCCUAAACCCAGCGCGGCAAAGCUCAGCCCGGGAAACCUGGUGAGGAUCGGUGCCACACCGGUGAUGAUCCCCACCCAAACCAAGGCAUUCCAGACUGUGUAAGAAUAUUACACACACAUACACACAAGUAUAUAAACACACACACUGCAGUAGGCAUCAAAUCCCACAUCUGGUUUCGGGAAUUUUCCCAAAAGAUUUCCCACUCCCUGCAGAAAACCCAGGUGGCCAGGAUUUUUGAUUCAACAGAUUCGACUGUGUUGGAAAAAAAAAUACUUUUGUUGUUUUUAUGUGCACACUGAAGUGGAAGAAGACCCCUUGUGGAGUGUAAAGGGUAAAGACAGAGGAAAGUGUGGGGGGCGAGGGCUUGUGUUGUUAUGAUGUGAACAGAGAUACAACUCUGCCUUUACCCAGACAGACAGCAUGUCUACCUGACCGCACACUUCCUAUUCUCGCUGGGUUUAAACUGACAGCUACAGAACUGGAGGAGAAACUCACAAAAGCGGACUCUUUCCGGCACCAGCUCAUCCGCUCCUGCGAGGAUUCACAUCUGCCACUCAUUUCCACAGCCAAUCAGCAUUCGCCAGGCGGCCCAGUGGGCAUCACACCUAAACAACCAGAUGCUGCGACUGGCCCAGAAUGAGGAGUAAUCAAAACACUACAACAUAAACAGUGACAGUAAAUUUGUUUGUUCUUCAUCAGAGCUAUAAAUAUUCCAUAUGAAUAGACAUAUUCCAUAUUUAAGAGGUAUUUAUAGGAAUUCCAAAUAGUUCAGUUCAAGUAUCGAACAGCAUUUGUAAUGUGUGUGCACAUUCCCUUUAAAUCAUUCAUUCACAUUCUUCAGGAUAACACAAACAGUAUCUUCAGUAAUGAGGUUGAUUGUCUCAGUGGGGAAAUGGUUUGGCUCCGCUUUGGAUUUUGGUAUUUGCAAUUGAAAUCAGAUGUCUGGUUAGUGCAUCCCAUUGGAUGCAAGUAUGAUGAGGUUGGAUCAGGCUUAUUCUGCACUGGUUUAUAUGAAUCUAAAGUGUCUAAAUGAUUAUGAUGAAACCAAACAAGCAGGCCCACACACAGUCUGCAUGCAUGGAAAACUCAAUUUUUUUUCUGCAGAAUUCGAAUGGCUGUCAUUCACAAAGCUAUGCAUUAGAGUUUCUCAACCUUUUUGACUCUGUCUUUAUUUUUUAACACAGUUAAUCAAAGGCCCUCUAUAUUGCGAUUUUUCUUCCAGCUAACAAGGAAUGUUCUCAAAACAUUGGCUUACAUUUUGGCUAGGCCUUCAAUUGUGUUUCCAAAAAAUUAACACAAAAAUGUUUUAGUUGGAAAUUAAAAAAAACUGGAUUGUUCUGAAUGUUUGGAAAUAAAGUUUUUUUUUUAAUUGUUAUUAAAUGUUAAGGUCAAUUUGCUCAUGCUUUCAGCCACUAAUAAGAAUUUAGUACUUUUUGCUCAGUUUAAAACGUUGCAUAUAAUUUUCUUUGAAAAAAUGUAAAAAAAAAAAAAAAAACGUCUGCAAAUUUUGUCUGGGCCUGCAAAUGAGUUUUGAAUGUGUUCGAUAUUGUAUAGCUGACUAUUUUGUGCUUUUUUUUUCAUUUAAACAAAUAGGUUUUAAGAUGAAUUUUAUUUUUUGCUGUUUUAGCAAAAACACUUUAUUGUAACUGCAGUAGGUUAGAAGCUUUAAAUUCAUGAGUGCAGAUUUUUAUACACCUUAAUUUUAUUUUGUAUACUAGUUGUAUUUAGGUUACUUUAAUGCCAUUGCAAAUAUAUUUUCUGUAUUUUUCAGUGGUUUUCCCCUCUUAGAUUUCAAUGUUUGAUGAAUUCUAAUGCUCAGAGAGGCAUUCACGCCCAGACCAAGCUGGAAAAACGUAGUAAACAGCAGGGGACCAUAACAUGAAUUCUUCCCCUCAAAGAGACAGUUUUGGUAUUUAGGUCUUCAGAAAUGAAUUAGAUAGACAAACAAGAUGUCAGAAAAUAUUUAAAGUGACAGGUCACCCUUAAGGACAAAACAAUGUCGUCUUGCCAGAUAACCAGAGAAUUAGCGUCUCAUCAUGUCAAUGCUGGAAGAGGUAAAGUAACCCAGGGCUGACCUUAUUUAUCUAAAUCCAAUCUUUCACAACUCUUAAGGCCAAUGCAAAAUAACACACAAUGUGCACCCAGUUCCACUGAUUUAGCUUCAACCCACAGCCCGGUCGAUUCCCCGGCUUUGAAGUCUUUUUCCAUGUGCAGGGAAAGUAAGGAAAUUAAGUUAUAUUAGUCCAAGUACUUCCUCGCUACCCACUGUAUCUGAACGGCUGAGUCUGCUGUUGAUAUGUGCUGAGAUGCAUGGUUUAGUUGAGUUUGUGUUUGCUCAGUCACAGCUGAACAGUUUGAAUGCUGAGCUCUAAUGUUAAACACCCUGCAUACAAUUGCUUGAGAGAAUGUGCAUCUAAACACUAUUGGCAAUGGACCUGCAUGACUCCGAUAGCUAGAGAAAGAUGAAUAGUUUGGCUCAGUGCUAAUAUCAGUACAUUAUAUACUAAGAAUCGCAUUAUUAAAGGGUUUUGAUUAAACGUUACUAAUGUAAAUACUUUUUCUAUCUAUACAUCUCCUUUCACUAUACCGAAAAUAAACAUUGAAUGAACUCAUUCUUUGUUGAGGAUUGCACUUCUACAAACGUCUAAUUUUGUUUGGUCAGUCUGGUGUUUUGACUGCAUGAGAAAGGAAACCAUGAGCCAUUUCCUUCUGUCACUCUGAUAAAAAAAAAAAAAAAAACAUUACUGGCUAUUGUUUGAUGACAAAUGACGAAAGACAUUGUAGAUAUCUCCUUUCUUCAUAACAAAUGUAUAUUUGUACAGUAUCUUAAUGAUUUUCUUUUGGUUUGUAAUAAAGAAUUCAGUGGCAAGCCAA